AUGUUAGCUGUACUCAUUUUCCUAUUGACGACUGUUAGUGCACACGUAGGACACCAUCACGGAUUUGAAAGAGCUCAUGAAUCCGACUCAAGUGGAUUAUUGACAAGAUACAUGUUUCCCUACUCUGCCCGCUACAAUGCUCUGCUGGCAACUUUCUAUAUUUCAAUUGCUCCCUGCAUAAUUGUAGCUGCUAUUCCAGCCUUUAGAAAGCCUCAAAAGAGCCGCAUAUUGUCGUUGAUGGUGGCAUUCUCAUUUGGAACAUUGAUGGGUGACAUUCUUCUGCACCUGUUGCCAGCUAUCUUUGCCGCGGAUAGUGAUACUUCCCAGAAUCUCAAGUGGUACGGAGCGGUAGCCGAAUUGUUAGACUUAGGUGCCUCAAAUGUGCAAAUUAGCGAACUUUUGUCAACUAUAAGUCCAGACGGAUCGAAGUCUCUCUCUGCAGGGAAAAGUCCCUUAAGAACAGUUCUUCUUGGCUUCCUGGUGUUUUCGGGGUUCUUGAUUUUCAUGAUCAUCGACAAGGGUUUCAAGUUAGCUAAUUAUGGCGCAGUGCAGAACUCCGACAAUGCACACUACCACAUCGGCCACUCACACACACAUGUUUUACCUGUACCUGAAGACAGCAGCGAUGUCGAGUUAGCUUCCAUUCCUUCCGUAUCCUCUGAGGUGUCAGAAAACCAAGAAAUCACGCACAGGAGCUCUAAGAAAGAUGCUGGUGAGAAAACUUCCUCUAAAAUUAGCACCAACUCUGAAUCUAAGGAGAUGGGUUCAUUACAAACAUCCGCAUAUCUCAGCUUAGUUUCUGCCUUUGUCCACAAUAUCACCGACGGAUUCGCUUUAGCCUCAUCGUUCUACGUGUCACGCAGCACUGGAGUAGUUACCACAAUAGCUGUUCUUGUGCAUGAAAUUCCGCAUGAGCUCGGAGAUUUUGCGAUUCUACUUGCCUCUGGUAUCGAUUUUGGCAAAGCCCUUCGAUUGCAAGCAAUUGGUGCCAUCGGCUCACUAUUGGGUACGCUCUGUGGGUGUUUGGCAAACGAGAUGACCAUUACCGAAAGUACGUAUAUCAUGCGUAAUGGACAGGAACAUUGGCAGUUUUCUAUUUCAGAAGGAAUGCUUCCCAUCACAGCUGGCGGGUUACUCUUCAUCUCUACCAUCGGUAUUGUUCCAGAGUUGCUCAGAGCUACCGCCAAGACUAAAGAUCAAGAACUGGCAAACAGUAUGCUGCAGUUAGCUAGCAUUCUUGCAGGUUUUUUGCUUAUGGCAUGGAUGAGUCUAAGCGAGUAG